GCGCGAGGGAGCUGAGGGCCGGCCGCGCCCGCCCGGGCCAUCGCGGGCUGCCGGCGAAGCCCCGCCAUGCCUGCCUCGCCGCUGCCGCCCAAGGAGAGCAACCUCUUCAAGAGGGUCCUGAAAUGUUAUGAACAAAAACAAUACAAAAAUGGACUCAAAUUCUGUAAGAUGAUCCUUUCCAAUCCAAAGUUUGCUGAACAUGGAGAAACUUUGGCUAUGAAAGGACUGACCUUGAAUUGUUUAGGGAAGAAAGAAGAAGCAUAUGCAUUUGUUCGCAAAGGCCUUCGUAAUGAUGUAAAAAGUCAUGUGUGUUGGCAUGUUUAUGGACUCCUGCAGCGCUCUGAAAAAUAUGAUGAAGCUAUUAAGUGCUAUCGAAAUGCUCUGAAAUUAGAUAAAGACAAUCUACAAAUUCUAAGAGAUCUCUCACUGUUGCAGAUCCAAAUGAGGGAUCUUGAAGGCUACAGAGAGACCAGGUAUCAGCUGCUGCAGCUGCGGCCCACGCAGAGGGCUUCUUGGAUUGGAUAUGCAAUUGCAUAUCAUUUGUUAAAAGAUUAUGAUAUGGCCCUUAAAAUUACUGGAAGAGUUUAGAAAAACUCGCAGAUUCCUCCUAAUAAAAUAGACUAUGAAUAUAGUGAAUUGAUACUGUACCAGAAUCAAGUAUGAGAGAGGCGGAUCUGUUUCAAGAAUCUCUGGAAACACGUAGAAACUUACGAGAGGCAAAUAUGUGACAAGCUCAUGAUAGAUGAAAUAAAAGGAGAAAUGUUGCUGAAGUUGGGAAGAUUAAAAGAAGCUUCUGAAGUCUAUAAAGAGCUUAUUGAUCGGAAUGCAGAAAAUUGGUGUUACUAUGAAGGCUUGGAGAAAGCUCUGCAGCCACGCUCUUUAGACGAGAGACUAGAAAUGUAUGAAGAAAUAAGCAAGCAGCACCCAAGAGCGGUUUCACCAAGAAGAUUACCUUAAACUUUGUCACAGAAUAUAACCGAAUGCAAUUUUGUUCUAGGUGAAAAAUUUAGAGAACUAAUGGAUAAAUUCCUGCGGGUUAACUUCAGUAAAGGCUGCCCACCCUUUACCACUUUGAAAUCUUUGUAUUACAGUAAAGAAAAGGUUUCUACGAUCCAAGAGCUUGUUACUGGUUACGAAGCUUCUCUGAAAACCUGUGACAUGUUCAGUCCAUAUGAAAACGGCGAUCAGGAGCCACCGACAACUCUGCUUUGGGUUCGCUAUUUCCUUGCACACUUUGACAAACUGGGUCAGUUUUCCUUGGCCUUGGAUUACGUUAAUUCUGCCGUUGCAAGUACGCCAACACUAAUAGAGUUGUUCUAUCUGAAAGCAAAAUUUAUAAGGAGAAGGACCUUCCUAGCCACUCAAAAUCAGAACCAAGGUGCCCCAAGAACCCUAAUAUCCAGUCCUAUCUUAAACUCUCAGCAUGUAGGCAACCUAAAGGAGGCUGCCAAAUGGAUGGAUGAGGCGCAGUCGUUGGAUACAGCCGAUAGAUUCAUCAACUCCAAAUGUGCAAAGUAUAUGCUGAGAGCAAAUAUGGUGAAGGAUGCAGAAGAGAUGUGUUCCAAGUUCACACGGGAAGGAACUUCUGCAAUGGAGAAUCUCAAUGAAAUGCAGUGCAUGUGGUUCCAAACAGAGUGCGCUUUAGCUUUUCAGAGACUAGGGAAAUAUGGAGAUGCCUUGAAAAAGUGCCAUGAAGUGGAGAGGGUAACACUUUUUGAGAUAACGGAUGAUCAAUUUGACUUCCACACAUACUGCAUGAGAAAGAUGACCCUCAGUGCCUAUGUGGACCUCUUGAGGUUGGAAGACAUUCUCAGGCAAACAUGCCUUCUACUCAAGGCUGCUCGCUCAGCAAUUGAAAUCUACCGGAAGCUAUAUGAUAAUCCGCUAGCCAAUGAAAGCAAAGAACAAGAAGUGAAUUCAGAAAACCUUUCGGCCAAAGAACUUAAGAAAAUGCUUAGUAAGCAAAGACGAGCACAGAAGAAAGCUAAACUGGAAGAGGAGAGAAAGCCUGCAGAGCGAGAGAGGCAGCAGAGAGAACAAAAGAAGAAGCGAGAGGAGGAAGAGGAAGAAACCAGUGGUCCCAAGGAAGAAUUAGUUCCUGAAAAACUGGAAAGGGUUGGCAAUCCAUUAGAGGAAGCUAUUAAGUUCCUUAUACCACUUAAGAAUCUUGUGGCUGAUAACAUAGACACACAUCUUUUAGUUGACAUUUAUUUAAGGAAAGGAAAGUUUCUCUUAAUGUUGCAGUCGGUUAAAAGAGCUUUUGCUAUUGACAGUAAUAACCUGCUACAUGACUGUUUAAAAUUCUCCAAAUGUGUGUCUGACCAUAGUAAUUUGCCAGAACUUGUGAACAAAGUCCUAACCCAAGAAAUGCAGACGAUUUUUAGUAAAGAUUUGGAAAGUUUCAAUGAAGAAUUUCUCAGACGCAAUUCUACCUCCAUACGGCACUGCUAUUCAGGUGCCAAGAUGAUGUAUUUCCUGGACAACUCAAGACAAGAGAAAGCUAUUGGCAUUGCGACCAAACUAGAUGAAACUAUGACAGACAAAAAUGUGAAGACUUUAACAACAGUUUUAGAGUCCUUACUUGAUGGCAGCUUAGGAGCCAGCCCCACCCAGAGUGAUGAGUAUCGGCUGGCGUGCCACAAACUCUUUCCUUUAGCCUCGGCAUUUUUCUCUCCCACAAAGGAAGAUGACGGUGCCUUUGCAUCGAUCAAUCCUACAGCCAUUCAUCACAAUGUGUUGUCCAAUGAAAUGUAAAGCCGAGCAAUGGGAUGGUGCUCUCUUCCAGACUGGUUGGACACAGUUC